GUAUCUUCCCCCUUAAGAAAUUGUAAAUUGUUCCUUUCGACUUCUCAUACUUUCAUCCUUCUUGUUUCGUCUGAGAUCGUCAAAUGCAGUCCUGCAAAGCCGCUCCCAGUAACUCACAGGGUACAGGAACAAACACGGAACAGGUGUAUUCUGAAUCGGAGAAUUUUGUUGAGAUCGUAUAUAGUUUGGAUAAUGACCAGUCUGUGGAUGUUGAGGACAGUGGUUCGGGGGAUAAUAGUGAGUUGGAUCCAGAGGCAUCACGAUUAAUUCCUGGGCUUCCUGAUGACAUUGCACUUUUCUGCUUGGCAAGGGUUCCUCGAAGGCAUCAUGUGCUUCUGAAAUGUGUGUCAAGAAAAUGGAGAGACUUGGUUAGUGGUGAAGAGUGGUACUCCUAUAGAAAAAAACAUGAUCUCCAGGAGAGUUGGAUUUAUGCCUUAGGUAGAGACAAGUCUGAACAGCUGUGUUGUUAUGUUUUGGACCCAACUCGAUUAAAAAGGGGAUGGAAGCCCAUUCUAGGACUUCCACAUCGCUGCAUAAGGAGAAAAGGUGUAGGCUUUGAAGUGUUAGGGAAGAAACUAUUCCUAUUCGGUGGAUGUGGCUGGAUUGAAGAUGCUACUAACGAAGUCUAUUGCUAUGAUGCUGCCAUGAAUAAGUGGAAUCAAGCUACUUCCUUGGUGGUUCCAAGGUGCUACUGUGUAUCUGAAGUGUUAGAUGAAAAAAUCUAUGCAAUUGGGGGAAUAGGGCCAAAUUCCAAUAAUUUACCUUCCUGGGAAACUUACAACACGGAAACAACAAGUUGGACUUUGCAUGAAAACCCUAACAUUUUCCCUGAUAUUGAAGAUUCUGUAGUCUUGGGUGGGAAGAUUUACAUUCGCGGGGGUUCUUCGCCUCUAUCUUCUUUAGUGUCUGCAUUUGUCUAUGAACCAUCAAGCAACACAUGGCAGCUGGCAGCUUCUGAAUUAGUAUCAGGUUGGUAUGGUCCAGCAGUUGUCGUAGAUGGGACGCUUUAUGUGUUAGAUCAGUCUUCAGGUACCAGGUUGAUGAUGUGGCAAAAGGAUAUUAGGGAAUGGGUGGCAGUUGGGAGAUUGUCACCCCUAUUGACAAAGCCUCCCUGUCGGCUUGUAGCGGUGGGGAAUAAUAUCUUUAUUAUUGGAAAGGGCCUUAGCACCGUUGUUUUUAAUGUUGAAAACGCAAGGAACAUGGAUGGUGUGUUAGUGAGCACUUCCAUUCCAAAGUCAAUAUCUGAUGAUGAUGUAAUAAGUUGUAAAGCAAUCACAAUCUAAGUUUAGGAAUAUCAAGUGUAACAGCUUGCUGUGACUUGUUAAUGUCCUUUACUACCAUCUGUGACACAUCUGUUUCG